GGUCGCGCUACGGCUCUCGGUCGCUUAGUGUUUUUUUUAGUUGCAUCUUGGCUUCAUGGGCGGCCAUCAACCGUGAACACCUUCCUCCCACGAAAUCUGGAGCAACUAUCGCAACAUCGUGGCUCAUGGUGACGAAUAUAUCCUCACAGCUAUUAAAGAUGGAUGACCGCGAUGGAAAUCGUUCUGAUGAGUAUAUGCCAGAUCACUGGUGAGCUGGGAUUGACCUCUCCUCAACCACACGAUGUCAGCCUUUGGGAGCUUCAAGCUCAAGUCCGGUCUGGUGACCAGGAACAUGCUGGUAGCAUAUAUGCUCAUUGGCUUGAGUGUUUUUAGUUAUGGUUUUGACGAUUCGGUAUACUCAACCAUUCAAACCAUGGACGCCUUUGAAAAGCAGUUCGGAUCGUAUAACUCUGCAACAGGCAAAUACGGCUAUACCACAAAGCAUCUCGCCUAUCUCAACUCGCUUGGUUCGCCCGCGAAAGCCUUUGGGACGGGGCUGGGCUGGUUUGUGGGCGAGUACUUCGGCCGCCGGCUAUGUUUCAUCAGCAUGCAAUUCUUAUGCAUCUUGGGCAUUGCGAUCAGCUAUACUGCCACAUCCUUUGGGCAGAUCUUGGCCGGUCGAAUGGUAGUGCAGUGCUUCAUUGGAUGGGAGAGCUGGCUGGUACCCAUGUUUCUGGCGGAAAUCAGUCCCGCCGCCAUCCGCGGAGCCACGGUGGUGGUGUAUGUGUUUGCUCAUAUCUUCGGCUCGUUCAUUUGCUCAAUCAUUACCUAUGAAACGGCCAAGAUGGAGGGCAAUGCCUCGUGGAAGAUCCCCAUCGGCGUGAUGUGGACGUUCCCGUGCUUCAUUCUACUUUGUUCGUGGUUUGUCCCUGAGAGUCCUCGCUGGCUGGUACGGAAGAACAAGGUCGAGGCCGCCACUAAGCAGCUUCAGGACUUAUACAAAGAUCAGGAAGUGGACGUGGCUCAUGAGGUGGCGGUGCUGCAAGCAUCGAUCGAGGUAGACGCCGAGACGAAGGGCACCUGGCUGGAGUUGCUUCAGGGAACCAAUCUGAGGCGCACCAUGAUUGCAGUCAUGACUGCCAUCUUCAAUCAAGUGACAGGGCAGAGCUUCGUGAGCCAAUACGGCACUCUCUUCGUGAAGUCGCUGCACGUCAUGAAUCCAUUUGCCUUCGCCAUGAUCUCCCGAGCGCUGACCUGCAUCGGCCCCCUGAUCACCUUCUCCCUUGUAGACACCACCGGCCGUCGACCCAUCUACCUGAUCGGAGGGGUCAUGACAACUGCAUUGCUGUUCGCCUGCGGUGGCUUGGGCACCGGGACGAUUACCGACGACAAGAAGCGAGGCGUCUGCGGUGUGCUUAUGAUGUACGGCCUGUUCUACAUCAUGUCCUUUGGUUCGAUCGCCGUCAUCGUAGGAGCCGAGACCCCACACCUGCGCCUUCGCGAUCAGACUUCGUUCGUGGCGUGGACCAUCCGCGUUGUAUGCGAUUUUGCUGUCUCGUAUUCCCUGCCGUAUCUGCUUAACGCGCCAUAUGCAAACCUGCAGUCUAAGGUUGGCUUUAUCUAUGGCGGCCUUUCAGCGGUCGGGGUGAUCUUGGGGUACUUCUUCCUGCCCGAGUUGAAGGGUCAUUCAUUGGAGGAGCUGGAGGAAAUGUGGCGACGCCGCAUUCCGACACGAAACUUUGCCACCUGGAAAGCCGAUGCGAGCGAUGACGAGAAGGUGGCAGAUUUGGAGUCGGAGAGAGAGUUGGAGAAAGACGAUGUUGGAGUCACCGGUCGCUACGUCUAAUUUUCGACACCAAACGUUGAUUCUCCCAUGAUAAAGCACUUCAAAAUUCGACGGUUCAAUAACAUAGAGAGGAAUCCAGACAGCAGAAAAAUGGUGCUCCAACACGUAUCGGGCUGGAAUAGACACGAGGUGUAAGUUAGAUUUGUUGUGUUG